AUGAAAAAGACUCUAUACUAUAAAAUUUUGGGAGGUUUAGGCAUAGGCUCUGCAGCUUAUUAUCCAAUCAAGAUCUCCAACACAGACUUCUAUUAUCAAAAGACUGAGGAAAAUGAGAAAAUUCUUAAACUCUGCAGUCAGCAUUUGAACAAAUAUAUGCCUUCGUUACAUUUACUACCUCAUGGAGCUUUCUAAGUAGUCUGGAAUUUAAUAGCAGCAAAAGAUAGGCAUUACAAGAUCUAGUAUUAAAGAGAUGUACUUACUAUGAGCGAUGGAGGCAGUAUUUCAGUUGAUUGGGCAUAUCCAUCUGAUGAAGAUUUGUAAGAUUAAAAAGAAACUAAAAUCUGCAUGAUAUUUCCUGGGUUAAGCGGUGAUAGCAAUAUAGGCUAUGUCAAAUGCCUAGUUAAGCAUCUUACUUAAGAAAAAGGAUAUAUAGUAGGAAUUUUUCAUAACAGAGGUAUCGAUACUGAGUAUACAUCACCACAUUUUGCUGAUAUUAGUAGUUCAGAAGAAAUGGAUGUAGCUCUAAAGCAUAUGAUUAAAAAAUUUUCAGACAAACCUAAUCCUCGCUAUGUUGGAGUGGGAAUGUCUAUGGGUGCUAAUCUAAUGCUAAAAAUAGCUGGUGAGUAAGAGGACCGUUUCCCACUAGAGGCUAUGGUUUCCCUUAAUAACCCAUUUGAUAUCUGGCUUGCAAUCAAUCUAAUGAGAGGGAAACCUUACGAAAAAUUUCUAGCAAUAGAAUUAAGAAAAAACACCUUGAUAAAAGAAGGUGUUUCUGAUAAAGAACGAGAAAUCUUCAAGGAAAUGCAAUAGAAAUAUAAUUUGGACUAUGAGAGACUUAAAACUGUAGAUUCUUGGAGAGACUUUGAUGCUCAUUUCACUCUCAAGGUUCAUCCUUAAUUCAAAUCUGUAGCAUAAUACUAUUAUGCGGCCUCGUGUUUCAACGUUAUUUAAGGAAUCAAAAAGCCAACUUUGGUUAUUCAUUCAAAAGAUGAUCCUAUUAUACCAAUAGAAUGUUUGCCAUUGGAAGAUUGCAUAGCAAAUGAGAAGUUGAUAAUGGGCAUAGUCAGAAAAGGUGGUCAUGUUUGCUACUUUUAGGGUUUUAAGGGCCAAAAACGCUGGUAUCCGCAGGUUAGCAGUGAGUAUCUCGAAGCAGUUCUUAGCCUUAAAAAUGAAUCUUAGCAUGAAUCAUAAGGGUUAUCAUUCAACCGCCGAGUUGCAAUCUGA